GACUUAGCCCAAUAGGAAAGCCCAAUUAUGAUAGGAAACCCAAAACCAAAGUCAUAUUUAUUAGGGUUUCGUCUCCAAAUGAUUUUCAGCAUUUUCCAUCACGCAACCUGACCCUAGCUUCUCAAUCUCCUACUACAACUUCUCUCUCUCGCCUUUUCUUUUUCGUUUCUUCUCUCACUAAUUCAUCAGCUGUACCUACUCUACAUAGAUUAUCAACUUCCUUCACUAACCUGAUCCGAUAGGAGAAAUUCCUUUUGUUGAGUAUAGGCUUUUCGAUUGUAGAACUCCGGUUAAUUACUACCUGCGCUUCAUUCACUGCCCGGAUAAACAAUUGUUUCACUCACAGGUCCUUUUAAAAAUCUCUUAUUGUGUAUAUUUCUGUAACUGUUCCCCAUCAAUGACUACUCCUUUGGAUAUGUCGCUUGAUGACAUGAUAAAGAGCAGCAAGGGUAAUCGUGAGAGAAUUAGAGAAAGAGGUAGAGCCCGUCGAGGACGUGGUUCGCGUGGGUCCUUUAAUGGUGGUGGUGGUGCUGCUGCUGGAAGAAUGAAUGGGCCAGUUCGUAGGGGCCCUCUCAGGGUGAAUGCUCAGCCAUCUGCUUACACCAUUGCCAAGUCUAUCCGCAGAACCAAGGCCUUCCCAUGGCAGCAUGAUUUGUUUGAAGAUAGUAUCAGAGCUGCUGGAAUAACAGGCAUUGAGAUUGGCACAAAACUAUAUGUCUCCAACUUGGACAAUGGAGUGACCAAUGAGGAUAUAAGGGAACUUUUCUCUGAAAUUGGGGACUUAAAAAGAUAUGCAGUGCAUUAUGACAAAACUGGUCGCCCAAGUGGUUCAGCUGAAGUGGUGUAUACCAGAAGAAGUGAUGCCUUUGCAGCAUUGAAGCGUUACAAUAAUGUACUGCUGGAUGGGAAGCCAAUGAAGCUUGAGAUUGUGGGUCUCAAUUCAGAAGUUCCUUUAGCUCGUGUGAAUGUUGCUGGAUUAAAUGGAAGGAAGAAGAGGACUGUGGUUAUGACGUCAGGACCUGGUCGAGCUGGUGGCCCUCCUAUGGUUAAUCGUGGUCCUGGUGUUUCUGGAUUCGCCAGUCAACGAGGUCGUAGUGGACUUAGGAAUGGUCGUGGCCGUGGUGGUGGUAGUAAUAUUGGAGGACGUGGACGUGGAGGUGGCCGUGGGCGUGGGCGUGGUGGUAGCAUUGGUGGUGGUGGCGGCGCUCGUGGAAAGAAGAAACCAGUUGAGAAGUCUGCUGAUGACCUUGACAAAGAACUGGAUAGUUACCAUGCUGAAGCUAUGCAAACAUGAAAUUUUAGCUGCUGAACUUUAUUAGAACUGAUCAGUGUUAGCUAUAGGUGUACAAAGUGGGCAUUGCUGUUGGUGCGUUUGACACUGCUUGUUUGUGGUGAAAUGAAUGCUUCGGUCGGUUUUCAUUCUUCAGUUUUAAAGCUUUAGUGCAAAGUGAAUGCCGGGUGAUUUUUGAUUAGUUGGUUUUGUUCCAAGGAAUUAAUGUGGGUGUGUUUAUUUCGUAUACUGUCCCCAUGUUUAGAUCUUCUGCUAUUUUGACUUUGAAUUUAGACGAAAAUUUAUCAGUUGUAGCAACUUAUUGUUUUAUUAGAUGGUAUAGUAGAUAUAGAUCUUGCAAA